GGAAAAAAAAUGGCUGCAAGGAUUGUGAACCGAGUGAUACACUCAUCCCUCCCGGAUUUCGACGUUGGAAACAGCUACGCUUCCCAACUUAUAGAGCAGCGAUUGAAGAAAUUAUCGACCAAGAUAAUUCUUGUUGACAGCCAUCAGAGUUUGACCGGCUCUCAGCUCUUGGAAAAGAUACGUAAAUAUGCGGUUGGUUAUCAGCAACACGGUGUAAAACCGGGCUCCAAUGUGUGUGCGUAUAUUGGCAACGCGGCUGAAACUGUAGCAGCAGCCUUUGGCGUUGUGUUCGCGGGCGGUACGCUUGUCAUGGCAAAAGCGGCCUACGUGGCAAGGGAAUUGCUGUUCACGAUUGAAGACUCCCAUUGCACUUUCCUACUAACUGAUCAAGAAAGCGCACCAAAUGCUGCCAAGGUGGCAAUGCCGUCAAAAAUUAAGGCAUUGUUCUCCGUGGGAAACUCGCCCGGUUUUGUAAAUGUUCUCCAGUUUCAAGAACUGUCAGACGCCUCAUUCACGCCUCCUGCACCUACUAACAACGAAGAAGAGGUUGUCGCAAUAGAGUACACGUCAGGAUCAGAGGGUCCCCCGAAGGGUGUGGAAAUUUCGCACAAGGCGUACUGUGCCGGGUUUCACACAUUCAGCUCUGUUAGUAUGUUUACUGAAGAGGAUGUAUUUCUCGGCUGGAUUCCUUUCACCCACGCGGGGGGUUUUGCACUGGCCAUGUUUUGCAUGCUUUUAGGAACGAAAACAGUCAUAACUGAUCCUUUGAUUUCGUACAAAACUUUCCUGGAGACUCUCAAGACCCAUGAGGUAUCUUCGCUAAUUGGCGCUCAGGGACGGAUGCAGGAUAUUGUCAAUGAAAUCAGAAAAAACAAGUAUAGUGUACCUCGUGUAGAACGAAUCAUGUUAGGAGGUUCAAUGAUGCCGAUUUCGCUUGCAAGUGAAAUUCGUGAAAUCUUCAACGUGGAAUCACUUUAUAAUUGCUACGGCUUGACAGAAGUCUCCGGUAUUGUAAUGUUCUCACAUGUUGGACAAGUUACCUUCGACAAUGGUGGAUUUCCUGCUGCCGGUAUCAAAAUCAAGGUCAUAGACAUAACCAGGGGAGACUCUCUCGGACCGUACCAGAAUGGCGAGAUUGCGGUUCAGGGCCCAGGCGUCAUGAAGGGCUACCAUGGGCAUCCCGAAGCUACUGCGGAAGCCUUGAGCAACGAUGGAUGGCUGCGAACAGGAGAUUUAGGUUACUAUGACACUGAUGGACGGCUCCAUGUUAUUGGGAGAUUGAAACAGAUGAUAAAAUGCAUGGAUAACGUCGUCACCCCUGCUGAGCUGGAAGAAAUUUUGAUCAGCCACGAGGCUAUCGCAGAGGCCGCUGUUGUGGGUGUCCCGAGCUCAAAGUAUGUUGAAGCUCCUACAGCCUGUGUCGUUGUCAAGGACGGCUUCGACAAGAACCUCGAGAGUCUGGCGACGGAACUGAAGGAACUCAUUGCUGGUCAAGUAGCAGUGUUCAAGCAGCUGUAUGGAGGUGUUUUCUUUAUGAAAUCUCUUCCCAAGUCCGAUAACGGAAAGAUCCUGAGACAAGACCUAAAAACAAAGGUUGCCCAUGAAAUAGAAAAGUUGAAAAAAUACUGA